AAAUACCGACAUGUAGAGUUCGUAUUCCACUAUUAUGAAUCCACUUCCACGUUUUUAAACAUCCCUAUAUUGCCAUUGCCUGUCGGAUGGACAGUGGGAACAGAAACAUUAUGGCUGCCAGUCUCUCCCUGACUCAGCUUUCGAGUGGGAACCCUGUCUAUGACAAAUACUAUCGACAGGUAGAUCCGUCGGGCAGUGGACGUGUACCAGCAGCAGAUGCUGCCCUCUUCCUAAAGAGAUCAGGCCUGGCAGAUCUUGUGCUGGGCAAGAUAUGGGAUCUGGCAGAUUCAGAACGAAAAGGAUGCCUUAACAAACAGCAAUUCUUUGUUGCACUCCGACUAGUGGCCUGUGCCCAGAAUGGGCUCGAGGUGGCACUGAAGAGUCUCAACGCAGCCGUUCCUCCCCCCAAAUUUCAUGAUACGAGUAGCCCGCUUCUGCCCGCAGGAGUGGCCAUAGACGCCCCAUGGGCGGUCAAGGCGGACGAGAAGGUGAAAUUCGAUGCCAUCUUCGAAAGCCUGUCGCCCGUCGGGGGCAUGCUCACAGGGGAUAAGGUCAAACCAGUCCUGCUCAACUCCAAGCUGCCUGUAGACGUCCUGGGCCGGGUGUGGGAGUUAAGCGACAUUGACAGAGAUGGCAUGCUCGACAGAGAUGAAUUUGCUGUGGCCAUGUACCUGGUCUACAGAGCUCUGGAGAAGGAGACAGUGCCCAUGUCUCUGCCCCCUGCCUUGGUGCCCCUAUCAAAGCGGAAGAAAUCCACCACCCCCCCAGUUAUGCCCUUACUGCCGUCACCGCCCUCCCUGAAGGAGCCCCGUGCGCCCCCGCCUGCCCCCGCCAAAACACUGCCCCCUCCUGCCAAAACAAUAACGGCGCCUCAGUGGGUGGUGUCCCUGGCAGACAAAGCGAAGUAUGACGAGCUGUUCAGUAAAACGGACAGUGACAUGGAUGGCCUGGUGUCUGGCCCUGAGGUCAGGGACAUCUUCCUCCGUACAGGGCUUCCCUCCGCUACACUGGCACGCAUCUGGGAGCUGUGUGAUAUCGGGGACAUCGGCAAGUUGACCAGAGAGCAGUUUGCCCUGGCACUGCAUCUCAUCAACCAGAAGCUGACCAAGGGUGUCGACCCUCCCCAGGCCCUCACGGCCGAAAUGAUCCCCCCGGCUGACAGAGUUGCCCAGAACGCCACGCUGGCAUGCCAGGCUGCUGACUUCUCUGCCAUCAAGGAGCUGGACUCCCUCAGCAACGAGAUAGUCGACCUCCAGAGGGAGAAGAGCUCCGUGGAGCAGGAGAUCCGCGACAAGGAGGAGAGCAUCCGCCAGAGGACCAGCGAGGUGCAGGACCUGCAGGAUGAGGUGCAGCGGGAGAGUGCAGAGCUUCAGAAGCUGCAGAGCCAGAGGCAGGAGGUGCAGGAGGCCCUGGACAAGCUGGACGCUCAGAAGAGCUCGCUAGAGGAGCAGCUGGCCCUCAUACGACAGCAGUGCAGCCAGGAGAACCAGAUGAUCAUGACUCUGCAGAUACAGCAGUCGGAACAGGAGCAGCAGAUCGGCGAUUGUGAGACGGAGCUGAGCCAGGCUCGGGCCGAGCUGCAGCGGCUGCAGGACGAGACCCAGCAGCUGGAGCAGAAGGUGGAGACGGCACGCGCCCAGCUCGACCCCCUGCAGGACAGCGUCAAGGAGUCCCACACACAGGUCUCGCAGGCCCAGGAGAAGGUCAGCGAGUUGCGCAUGCAGGAGCGAGACCUCACCGCGCAGCUCAGCUGGCUAUCCCUCACGCAGGACGACCCCGUCCCUCCCCCCAUCGCUGCCCGAGCCCCUGUCCCCACCCCGACCCCUGUCUCCAUCCCCACCCCGACUCCUCUCCCAGUCCCACUGGUGAACGGGGCGGCAGGUGGUGAGGACGAGCAGCUGGACCGGGACGAGGAGGAGGACAGUGAGAAUGGAGCGGCCGAUGAACCGCAGGAGCUGCGUGUGGAGGAGGAGGUGGAGAACGAAGAGAAGGAGGAAGAGCAGGUGAAGCAGGAGGAAGGAGCGCGGCCCAACAGAACCAAGAGUCCAGGAGGGGCCAGCCUCGACCCGCUGGAGGACCUCUACACCAGCGCACUCUCCACUACCACCGCCUGGCCACAGGACACCGCUGAAGGGAGUAGUCCCGCUCCUGCGGCUGACGCGGAGGUGAAGGAGGUGAAGACCGAUGUGGAGGCGGAGUUCCCCAGAGCCAGCACACCUAAGGCAGAGUCUCCUGUCCCAGAGAGGGCAACAGGGUCUCCUCAGCGUCCCCCUCAGGCACCAACACCAACACCAGGACCAGCAGCAUCUCCAGCCCUAGCUUCAGCAGCAGCAGCGCCACCUGCUGGCCCCAGCCAGGAAACAGCCUCCAGCCUGGACUUCUUCCAGUCAGACCCCUUCACUGACCAUGAUCCAUUUAAAGAUGACCCAUUUGGUAAAGUGGACGUCGCUGAUCCCUUUGGUGGUGACCCCUUCAAGGGCUCGGACCCUUUUGCCUCGGACGCCUUCUUCAAGCAGAACCCUGCGGCUUCCUUCCCUUCUGCAGACCCGUUCGGCUCGGCUGACCCGUUCAGCGGAACCACCGGGGCCCCCGAGGCCGACCCGUUUUCGCCGCAGCUGAACAACGCCGCUGCGGGUCCAGAUCCCUUCAGCACCCAGUCCAGUGGCACCACAGCUGCUGGCGCCGCUGCUGCCAAGGAUCCCUUCAGCGCCAAAGUGAACAACACAUCCGACCCAGACCCCUUCGCCUCCAAGAUGGCCGCUCUGGGAGACGCCGACCCCUUCAGCUCGCAGAGUGGGCCCGAUCCUUUCGCCAGCACACUUCCUGCUUCAGAUGGACCCACGAAGGAUCCGUCAUCGGCAGUUAAUGACCCUUUUGCACCAGGAGGCACAGUGGUGAAUACAGACUCAGAUCCAGACCCCUUUGCUGCUGUGUUUGGAAACGAGUCGUUCGGAGGAGGGUUUGCUGAUUUCAGCGCCUUGGCAAAGUCGAAUGGUGCUGACCCAUUUGCUGCAGCCAAUACCUCAACUAACAAGAAUCUGUUCAAGGAGGACACCAUGUCCAGCAGUUCAGACACGCCCCCAGCCCUGCCCCCCAAAACAGGCACUCCCACCAGACCGCCUCCUCCACCCCCAGGCAAGCGGUCUAACAUCUCGCGGUCCGAGUCGUCGGACUCCUUCCAGCGGCGGGGCUUCAUGACGCAGGGUGACUUCUCGUCGCUCCCCGCCAAAGACUCCGCCCCGGACCCGUUCGCCCCCUCCUCCCCCCGCCAGCCGCCACGUCAGCCUGAGGGAUUUGCCAGCUUCGACAAAUACCCCACAGAGGAGGACAUGAUUGAGUGGGCGAAGCGUGAGAGCGAACGCGAGGAGAAGGAGCGGUUGGCUCGGCUCACGCAGCAGGAGCAGGAGGACCUGGAGCUGGCCAUCGCCCUCAGCAAGUCCGAGCUCUCCUGAGACCAGACUCCAAGACCCACUACACCCCUGCCCUCCUCCCUUUCCCGGACUCUCUCCCUACUCCUGCCCCACCCUCCCAAUAUGGUGCUCCCUGAUGGAGGAGGGAGCGAGAGGCCUUGCAGGAGCAGGAGCAACAUCUAGUUGGAGCCCUCCUGAGAUGAGACCAGACUUUGCCCAAUACAUCCCCUCUCUCCUCCCCUCCCUCCCUCCUCGCCUCCCUCCCUGGACUCUCCCUUUACCCCUGGCCCACCCUCCCAUUCCCAAUAUGGCGCUCCCUGAUAGAGGAGGGAGCUGGAGACCUUACAGGACUCUGCAGGAGUAGGAGCAGCAUCUAGUCGGAGCUCCCUGCCCACUCCACCUCAGCCCUCCUUCAUCUCUUGAGUCUGUGUCCUAAUCCCCCUACCCUCCAUCCCCCAACGCAGCAGCCAGAGGCUCUGCACGCCCCAAAGGAAGAGUUAGAGGCCUUGCAAGAUUCUGUUGGAGUAGGAGUAGCAUUAAGUCUGAGAUCUCCUGAUGAGAUUCUGCCCCACAACAUCACAACCCUCUAUGCUCCUCUGACUCUCUAACCCUGCUCCCCCACGCCCCGAAUAACUACUCUCUAAAUGAGGCGUAGGAAGACUUGCAGGACUUGCAGAGGUAGGAUUAACCGGAAAAGUCGGAGACACUGCCGCACUACAUCACAACCCUCCUCCCUCACCUGACUCUGUACUCCUGCCUGCCGUCACCCCCCCCCAUAUGCGGAAGCCUGAGGCUCAGUGCAUCCUGAAGGAAGAGUGGGAAGACUUGCAGGAGUCUGCAGGCAGCAUUAUAGCAUCGUGGCUGAGCUCUCCUGAGAUGCGAUGAGAUGAUACUCUGUCCCACUACAUCACUGCCCCCCUUUUCCUUUGUACUCCACUACACUCAGCCCACCCCCCAACCCCCACAGGCUCAGCCCACCCCCCAACCCACAGGCUCAGCCCUCCCCCCAA